CGGCAUAUACUGUGAACGUGUUUAUAUAUAAGAAAGCCUUCCUCUCUUUAUUUUGCAGUUUUAAGCAGUUCACAUUGAGGGUACAACACUAUAAAAAGAGGAACUCUAGCCAUGUCUUACAGCCACGACCCCUCGACACCUACUUAUAAAGGGGUGACAGUAACCCAUUCAAUAAAUAAUAAUGGUUUAAAAAAGCUCUUGAUAAUAGGAAAGACAGGAACAGGGAAGAGUACUCUGUGUAACGUACUAACUGGAAAUGAUCCCAAAGCUAAAAUCUUCCCAGUUUCCUCAGAUGCUGAGUCCUGCACCCAGGCAACUAAGUUUGCUAAUGUUUGGUUUAAUGGGGAUAAAUCCAAACAUAUCUCUCUGAUUGAUACUAUUGGAUUUGAUGAUGCUACUAAGAACGAUGAUGCUGCUAUUAUUGCAGAACUGGUUGGGAAGCUCAGAGAUGAUUGUGACCAUGUCAAUCUGUUUGUGAUUGCUGUCAAUGGACAGAAUCCAAGACUUGAUGGCUCUCUGCUCACAAUGAUCAGGAUCUUUGAGGGAAUGUUCUCUAAAGAUUUCUGGAAGCAGGUUAUCAUUGUGUUCACACGUAUCCCACAAGAUGCUAAAACCAAGAAGAGGAGAGAGAAACAGAAUGAUAAAAGUGAUGAAGAUCUUGCUGCAGACUAUAUCAAGCUAGUGGAGAGACAGUUCAAGGAUUGUACAGGAUUGAAAUAUCUCUACAUGGAUGCUACAUAUGACAAAGAAGAUGAGGAUGAAACAGAUGCUUUUGAGACUGCUCUCACUGAACUCUGGAAAACCUUGAAGAACUGUCCACCCCUCUCAACAGAUCAUGUCCAACAGGUUGAGACAGAUAAUGCUAAACUUAAGAGACAGAUUGAGGAGCAGAAACAGGCAAGAGAGGAUGCGGAGAAAUUGCUGAGGGAAGAAUUGGAAAAGCUGAAAGCUGAAAACAAGAAUCUCAGUGAUAAAGAGCUGGAGAAAAAACUGGAGAAGUUGGUCAAGAAUCAUGAAGAUCAAGGAUUUUCUGUUGAGAAUGCGAUUUCUGACGUUACUAGUUGGGCUACUAUAGGCCUUCUUAAGUUCUUGAGGGUCCUGCUGGAGCCGCCAUUGGGGCUGUAAUAGGAGGUGUAAAAACCUUGGCCAGACUUUUUAGAAGAUAAAUUUGUAUCCGUAAUUGAAAUUUGAAUAAGCCUGGAAAUAUGAACCAUAAAUAUACGGAUAUGUGACUGGUUACCAGAUUAUGAAUAUGGAAUUAUAAUGUAUAUGUAAACAUGUAACCUAGAUUUAAGUUUGUCGUUUAUUUUUAGAAACAUAAAUCAUGAUUUAUAAUAAAUAAAGUAUUGAGCUCUUA